GACUUGCUUAUUAUUUCCUUUUUCAUUCCAGAUGAUCCUCUUGCAUGUCGGAGAGCACCUCCAUCGGCGACGGUAUCCGAGGUGGCUGUGAGUGACCUCUACCAGCGCCAUCUAUCGUCAGCCCCCCGAGCCAUGGGCAACAACAGCUGCUGUUGUUGCCGCAGCGAGAGAUCCCUUCCCCCCGGCAAGAUCAAUCCCGAUAUCGUGAUCGCCCAUCCAAUUUUCCCCAAAGACACUCCUUUGGGCCCCGUCAACAAUGUCGAGGACAGGUACAAACCGGCGCCGACCAAGCCGGCCGCUAUUCCCGCCCCGCAGAUCGUGGUGGCCAUGUACGGGUACGACGCCAGGGACAGCCAGGACCUGUCGUUCAGGAAGGGGGACCGCAUGGCGGUGCUGGGCGACUCGGAGGGCGAUUGGCUGCAGGUGGAGCACCUGGGCACCAAGGACAGGGGCUACGUGCCAGGAAACUACGUGGCGCCCGAGCUGAGCGUCAGAAGUGAAGACUGGUUCUUCGAGAAUAUAUCUAGGAAGGAAGCCGAAAAACUGCUGAUGGCAGAAGAAAAUGGCCGCGGUACUUUUCUAGUCCGUCCCUCGGAACACAACCCCAACGGGUACUCCCUGUCGGUCAAGGACUGGGAGGAAUACAGGACGUUCCACAUAAAGCACUACAAGAUCAAACCGUUGGACAAUGGCGGCUUCUACAUUUCGACCAAUAAGACCUUCGCCUCCCUAUCUGAGCUGGUUACUGCGUAUACGAAAAAUGCGUUCGGCUUGUGUCACGUGCUGGCGAAGCCCUGCAAAAGGCCGCAACCCACCAUGUGGGACCUGGCGCCCACGUACCGCGACAAAUGGGAGAUCCAACGGGACGAACUGAUCCUCAUCCGUCGUCUGGGCAGAGGGAACUUUGGCGAGGUCUUCUACGGCAAGUGGAAGAACAACAUCGAGGUGGCUGUGAAGACUCUUAGGGAGGGCACCAUGUCGACUGCCGCCUUCCUGCAAGAGGCGGCCAUCAUGAAGAAAUUUAGACACAAGAGACUGGUGGCGCUGUUCGGCGUCUGUUCGGAACAGGAACCGAUCUACAUUGUGGCGGAAUACAUGUGCAAAGGCAGUCUGCUGGAUUUCCUGCGCAAAGAUGAGGGUAGAGCGCUCAUUUUCGAGGACCUCGUCUACAUCGCGUUCCAAGUAGCGAGCGGGAUGGAAUAUUUGGAAUCGAAGCAGUUGAUCCACAGGGAUCUGGCUGCCCGGAACGUGCUGAUCGGCGAGAACAAUGUUGCCAAGAUAUGCGAUUUCGGCUUAGCGAGGGUCAUCGAGGACAACGAGUACUGCCCGCAGAAGGGGUCCCGCUUCCCCGUCAAGUGGACCGCCCCGGAAGCCAUCAUCUACGGCAGAUUCUCGAUCAAGUCGGACGUGUGGUCGUACGGCAUCCUGCUGAUGGAGCUGUUCACGUACGGCCAGGUGCCCUACCCUGCGAUGCACGGCCGAGAGGUGAUCGAGCUGGUCGAAAGCGGCUACCGAAUGCCGAAACCGACGGCGCAUCACGUGCCCGACGAGAUCUACCAGAUCAUGUUGAACACGUGGGACGUGAAUCCGGAGAAGAGGCCGACUUUCGAAUUCCUGACGCACUAUUUCGAAGGGUUCAACGUGACAUCGGAAGUUCCUUACAGAGAAGUGCCCGACUAAAGUCGGCGAUAACUUGGGCAAGUCUUGAAAUAUUUUCAUUUGCCAAAAUUAUUGUUUUCCUCUUCAUCACAAUUCAUCUUAAAUACUGUGUAAGAUCUCAUUUAGGUUUAAAGGUCUGCUUCAUUUUUCACCGGUAG